AAAGCAGGGAUGGAAGGUAUUGACCGCCAGCGAAUAGACGAAAUUAUUUUGAGAGAGUCGGGGAACUCGCUUUUUAUUCAACAGCAGAGACGUCGAGACCAGAAAGUAGACGAACGAAUCGCGGGUUUGCGAGCAAAGUUGCAGAAAGAGAACGAAAACGAUCCAAAGUGGAAGACGUUCUACGAACGAGCUAUAGAAAAAUGUGUACCCGGAAUUCUCGCCGCACGGCCAAUUCGAUCCACAUGCGUUGUCGUAGACAUGGAUAUGUUCUAUAUGGCUUGCGAACUUUUGGAACGGCCAGAACUUGCCAGCGAACCGGCUUGCGUUGGAGAAAAUAUGAUUUUAACCAGCAACUAUCUGGCAAGAAAGUACGGAGUACGGUCAGCUAUGGCUGGAUGGAUCGGGGAUAGACUGGUAGAGGAACUCUCGAGUGGUACAAAAAAACUGAUUCAUGUGCCCUCGCGAUUUGAUCUUUAUCGGACCAAGUCACACCAAGUGCGGAAUGUCUUGAGUCAAUAUGAUCCUCAUCUAAGGUGUUACAGCCUUGAUGAAGCGUAUAUGGAUCUAGCGCCUUACCUGGCUUUAAAGCUAACGAGAAAUUGGGACCACGAACGAAUUUCUGCUGUUCUCGCAGGAUCGCAAGUACUGCAAGAUAUGCGCUCUCGUGUGACAGAAGUGACCGGUGGGCUGACUUGUUCCGCCGGUUUAGCACCGAACUUUCUCUUGAGUAAGAUCGCGAGCGAUCGCAACAAGCCCAACGGACAGUGCCUUGUUCCUAGUGAUCAUGAAAGUAUAAUAGGGUUUUUGCAUCCUCUGCCGACGCGCAAAGUAUCGGGUAUCGGACGGGUAACGGCGAAGAUUCUCAGCUCGUUCGGUAUUGCUACGGUUGCCGACUUGUAUCGUGAACGAUCCCUUGUACGCUUUCUCUUUCAAGAAGCCUCGGCAGAGUUUCUCUUGCGAGCCUCGAUUGGAUGCUCUGGUUCUGACGAGCGAAAUGCCGAUGAUGUUGAGACCGAUGAUGGUCCAGGACAAAAGGGAAUUAGUCGUGAACGUACCUUUGCUGCCAAAGAGUCCUGGACCGCGAUCAAUUUGAAACUGGAAGAGAUUGCUGAGCUUCUUUCCAGCGAUAUGAAGCACAAGAAUAUCUUUGCCCAUACAGUGACCGUCAAAGUAAAAUUGAGGUCGUUUGAUUGCCUGUCUCGUAGUCGCAGUCUCGGAAGGGGGGUCUUCAUCCAGGCGGCCGCUGACCUGAGACCAAUCGCCUUGGACUUGCUGCGAGAAUUAAAAGAUGAAUUUUCAGGGUCAUUCGCUGUGCGGCUUCUUGGUAUUCGAUGCUCGAGCUUUAUGGGCGAGUCUCACGAUAAAGCUCAAAAGUCGAUCGACACCUAC